AAAUGCAAUGCAUGCGCAUCGUGAUAUUUUUCUGCCGUUUUUCUUCCCUUCUUUCUAAUCAUGGCUCAUCCCGCCCCAGCGUGUGGGAUAGGUCCGUCGCUCAAUUCCUGUUUACUCUGCUGCCCUUCCUUUCCAGCCGACAGCUGACCCACUGUACGAAGUCGGGUGCCGAUGUUUAGCGAUGGUAUCACAUCUUAUCAGCGCUUUAUUCCGACUAUCGCCUCAGUUAGUGCCGCAUCGUCCGUUGGAAUAGGGGCGAGCUCGCGCCCAGCGUUGUACGCUUUUAUCGGUCAAGGUUGUAAUUGUUGCUAACAAGCCGAAAGCAGAAACGAUGCUCGUCCAUUCGGUGACCCGUGAGUAGUGUGUCUGCGUGUCAUCAUAGUGUUUCCAAGUGCCGUGUUUGUACGCCCGGGUGCGCUGCCUCGGGGGUGUAGGAGAUCGUCUUCGCGAGGAGCUGCUUCCGUAAGCCGAUCCCACCCAUCCACCCCAGUCACCCGGUCCAGUCGGUUUGUGAGUCAUGGAGCGUAUAUUGCGAGGCGUUAUGCGUUACCGGCAUACGACCCGCGAGCAAAUGGUGCAGGAAUUUCGGAAAGUUCGUGACAAUCCGCAGCCUAAAGCCGUGUUUUUCACCUGCAUGGACAGUCGCAUGAUCCCGACCCGGUUUACCGAGACGCACGUCGGCGACAUGUUUGUCGUGCGUAAUGCCGGCAAUCUCGUACCGCACGCAGAACACUUCCAGGACGAGUACUUUAGCUGCGAACCGGCCGCCCUAGAGUUGGGCUGUGUCGUGAACAACAUCAAGCAUAUCAUCGUCUGCGGGCACAGCGAUUGUAAAGCGAUGAACUUGCUGUACAAGCUGAAAGAUCCCGAGUUUGCCUCGUUGGACAACCGGCGCAUAUCGCCGCUGCGGGCGUGGCUGUGCGAGCACGCCAACACGAGCCUGGCCAAGUUUCAAAACCUCAAAGAAAUCGGGCUCGAUAAGCCGCUCAUCUUCUCGUCCGAAACGCCGCUCCGCAAGUUCGUCGCGUACAUCGAUCCGGAGAACAACUUUGCGAUCGAGGACAAGCUGUCCCAGGUGAACACGCUGCAGCAGAUCGAGAACGUGGCGUCGUACGGGUUUCUCAAGCGCCGGCUCGAAUCGCACGAUCUGCACAUCCACGCGCUUUGGUUCGAUAUCUACACGGGCGAUAUCUACUUCUUUAGCCGCAACUCGAAACGGUUCAUUGCGAUCGACGAAAGCUCGAUCGACCGAUUGCUGGACGAGGUACGGCGAUACUAUUCGUGAUGCAGGGGGGUAUAGCUUUAGCUAAGCAAUACGGGUUGAAAGCAGCGGGAGGGAAAUGCUUUCUAGAUUGCUAUCGGGUGCAAAUGAACGGGUUUGCAAAGCUGCGUAGUUAGUGUAUUGUGAUUGUAAAUCAAAAGUGAACGUUACGUUAGUUUCUGUGUGUAGUAGAAUCAGAUGAUUGUGCAAUGUCGCUGUAUAGAGUCGCUUCUUUUUAUAAUGUUUCGCAAUAAACAUGGUACAUGUUUCGCGGGGCUCGAA